UUAUAGAUAUAUUCCCGCGCAUACAAAUUAUACAUACACAUACGUAUACACAUAUAUUAAUUCAUUCCAUAGCAUCUGUACAUUAAACCUCUGAUAAAGCAAAGAAUUCGUACGGACUCACAAAAUAAAAAACCCCACUUCUUCCGGGAGAGUUGUAUUCACAUUUGACGAAAAAACAAAAGCAAACCCCCAAUUUUCCGGUCAAUCGCAAGUCAAAUUCGACUGACCGCCGCCGUCAAACCGACAUGAACGGCGGCGACACGACCACGAUCAUGCGGAGCGGGUCCCGGGAGGAUGGGAUUCGUAAGCAGCUCUCAACGCUGUCCCUCAAUGGUGAUGAAGAGCGGCCGAUUCCUGAGAAGCAGAACAAAGACCCAAGGAAAAUCGCUAGAAAGUACCAGAUAGACCUUUGCAAUAAAGCGUUGGAGGAGAAUGUUGUCGUCUAUCUGGAAACAGGUUGUGGGAAAACUCAUAUCGCCGUUUUACUUAUCUAUGAGAUGGGGCACCUGAUUAAGAAACCUCAAAAGAACAUAUGCAUUUUUCUUGCUCCUACAGUUCCUUUGGUUGAGCAGCAAGCCAAGGUCAUAGAAAGUUCUCUCGAUUUCAAAGUUGGGGUCUGUUGCGGAAGUUCAACACAUUUAAAAAGCCGCUAUGACUGGGAAAAAGAAAUUGAGGAGUAUGAGGUCCUUGUCAUGACACCUCAGAUAAUGCUAAACAAUUUGUCACACUGCUUUAUCAAGAUUGAGCUGAUUUCCCUUCUGAUAUUUGAUGAAUGUCAUUACGCACAACUUGACAGCAAUCAUCCUUAUGCUGAAAUUAUGAGGAUCUUCUACAAAAUGGAUGGGUCAAAACUUCCUCGUAUUUUUGGCAUGACUGCUUCUCCAAAACUAGGGAAAGGUGGCUCAAUUGAUGGUCUUGAGGCGUUGAUGCGUGCAAAGGUUUAUUCUGUUGAAGAUAAAGAUGAACUGGAAAGAUUCGUCACAUCCCCAAAAGUAAAUGUAUAUUAUUAUAGUUCAAACAAGAAUGGGUGUUCUCCUCACAUGAUCUAUACUACAAAUCUUGAGGAAAUAAAAAACCAGUCCAUGUUGGCUCUCCGUACGAACUCGGUUGAUCAGAGUAGUUUCAUAAAUACCAAAAAGACUCUUCAGAAGCUUCAUUGUAAUAUAAUAUUUUGUCUCGAAAACCUUGGAUUGUGGGGGGCAUUACAGGCCAGUUACAUCUCUUUAAAGGGUGAUAUUUCUGAGAAUACUGAUCUUGUGGAGGAAGAAUCGAGUUGCAGUGAUGACAAUAUAUGCAACAAAUACUUGCAUAAGGCUGCCUCCUUUCUUGCUUCUCAUUGCACUGGAGAUGGCAUUGGAGCGAAUUUGUCAUGUGUAGAAAUUUUGAAGGAGCCUUAUUUUUCGAGGAAGCUCCUAAGGCUUAUUGGAAUUCUAUCCAGCUUUAGGUUGCAGCCUGAUAUGAAAUGCAUAAUCUUUGUCAACAGAAUUGUUACUGCGAGAUCCCUCACAUAUAUACUUCAAAAUUUAAAGUUUUUAUCUUCUUGGAAGUGUGGUUUUCUCGUGGGAGUUCACUCUGGACUUGUGUCACGUAAAAAUACAAACGUCAUUCUAGAGAAGUUUCGGUCUGGUGAGCUAAACCUGUUAGUUGCAACAAAAGUGGGUGAAGAGGGACUCGAUAUUCAGACAUGUUGCCUUGUAAUAAGGUUUGAUCUUCCAGAGACUGUAGCAAGUUUUAUUCAAUCUCGAGGUCGUGCACGUAUGCCGCAAUCUGAAUAUGCCUUUUUGGUGGACAGCGACAACUCAAGGGAAAUUGAUUUGAUUGAACAUUUUAAAAAAGAUGAAGCUCAAAUGAAUGAAGAGAUUUCCUCGAGAAAAUCUCACUUACCAGUAACCGAUUUCGUCGAGAGAACAUAUAAAGUGGAUGUUACUGGGGCAACUAUUAGUUCUGUAUCAAGUGUCUCUCUGCUGCAUCGCUAUUGUUCAAAGCUUCCUCAUGAUGAGUAUUUCAAUCCAAAACCCUACUUCUACUAUUAUGACGAUGCAGAUGGAACGAUUUGCAAUAUUGUUCUUCCGGCCAAUGCUCCAAUUCAUCAAAUUGUCAGUGCACCACAAACUUCAACAGAGGCAGCUAAGAAAGAUGCCUGUUUGAAAGCAUGCAAGGCAUUACAUGAAGUUGGAGCACUGACCGAUUAUCUCUUGCCAGAGCAAGAUGAUAAAAAUGAAGAAUCGAUAUCUGAUUCUGAUGACAUCAAUGAGGAGGAGUCACGAGCUGUACUAUACGAGAUGCUUGUUCCUGCUGCCCUCAGGAAAACAUGGACAGAAGAGAAGAAUUCCACUUCUUUUAGCUCUUAUUACAUUAAAUUUUGUCCGAAUCCAGCGGAUAGGAUAUACCAAAGAUUUGGUCUUUUCGUUAAGGAGCCACUCUCAGAAGAGGCUGGGAAAAUGAAAGUUGAUCUUUGUUUGGCCCGUGGUAGAACGGUGAUGACAGAGAUUAUUCCAUCUGGAGUUGUUAGAUUGGAUAAAGAUGAGAUUGCCGCAGCUGAAAAGUUCCAACAAAUGUCUCUCAAAAUUAUUCUUGAUCGGCAUCAGUUUAUACCGGAAUACGUGUCACUGGAAAAUAAUGAUGUGUAUGAACCAAGCUCGUCGACCUUCUAUCUGUUGCUUCCUGUUAUUCAGCUUCAGCAUGAAAAAAUCUCGGUGGACUGGACACUAAUCAAUAGAUGUUUGUCGUCUCCAAUUUUCAGACACCCAAGCAUUCGUUUGGGCAAUGAAACAUAUCAAAUGAAUAACCACGUGCAUCUUGCAAAUGGUUGCAAAAGUGUAGAUGAUGUUGUGGAUAGUUUGGUGUAUGUCCCAUGCAAAGAUAUAUUUUUCUUUAUUUCUGAUAUUCUUCCAGGAAAAAAUGGACAUAGCUUAUACGAUGAUUCAGAAAGUCAUGUCGAGCACUACGCUGAAAGGUUUGGUAUUCAUCUCACUCACCCUAAUCAACCCCUACUCAAAGCCAAGCAACUCUUUGUUUUGGACAACUUACUGCGAAAGAAAAAACACUCAGAAGAAUGGCGAGAAAAAAAGGAACACUUCAUUGAAUUACCUCCUGAGAUUUGUCAGUUGAAAGUCAGUGGUUUUUCGAAAGAAAUUGGAAGUUCAUUGUCGCUUUUACCAUCAAUCCUGCAUCGGCUUGAAAACUUUCUUGUGGCCAUAGAAUUGAAGGAUAAACUAGUAGCUGCAUUCCCCGAAGGAGCAGAAGUUACUGCUGAUCGUAUUCUUGAAGCACUCACGACAGAAAGAUGCUGUGAACACUUUUCUCUUGAAAGGCUUGAAGUGCUUGGAGAUGCAUUUCUCAAGUUUGCAGUUGGUAGACAUCUUUUUCUUAAGCAUGAUGCCAUAGAUGAAGGGCAGCUAACUAGAAAGCGUUCCAACAUUGUCAACAACUCCAACUUACUCAAAUUGGCAAUAAGGAAAAAUCUACCGGUAUAUAUACGUGAUCAAUCAUUUGAGGCCGACCAAUUCUUUGCAUUUGGCCGUCGUUGUCCUUCAACUUGCGAAAAGGAAACUGAGGCAAGUAUUCACUCUCAAAGCCAUGGCAAGAAAAAUGAUGCAAAUGCCGAAGUUAGAUGCAAUAGAUGCCACCAUUGGUUACAUAACAAGACCAUUGCAGAUGUUGUUGAGGCACUUACUGGAGUUUUUAUAGUUGAUAGCGGCUUCAAAGCAGCAACUGCAUUCCUUAAUUGGCUCGGCAUAAAAGUAGAUGUUAUACAGUCACAAAUUGAUGAUAUGUGCUCUGCCAGCAAGGCGUUUCUACCGCUUUCGGAUCAAAUAGACAUCAAUACCCUUGAAAGUCUGACAGGGCACAAAUUUGCCCACAAAGGUUUGCUCAUUCAAGCCUUUGUUCAUCCAUCUUUCAACGGUCAUUUGGGAGGUUGCUACCAGAGACUUGAAUUUCUUGGAGACGCUGUCUUGGAUUAUUUGAUCACUUCCUAUCUUUAUUCGGUGUACCCAAAACUGAAACCUGGCCAGUUAACGGAUUUGAGAUCGGUUUCUGUCAACAACACUUCAUUUGCUGACGUGGCUGCACGCCGGUCCUUCCACAGAUUUAUUAUUUGUGAUUCUAGUGUUCUUCGGGAAUCAAUGGCUAAAUAUGUGAGCAACAUCGAAAGAUCAGCACCAAUAGGACAUAUUGAAGAGAAAACUUGUCCAAAGGUCCUUGGUGAUUUAGUGGAGUCUUGCAUCGGUGCCAUAUUUCUCGACACAGGGUUUGAUUUGAAGCAUGUCUGGAAGAUAAUGCUCUUUUUAUUGGAUCCGAUUAUUACUUCUUCGAAACUGCACUUUAAUCCCAUAAGGGACCUUCAUGAAUUUUGCCAAUCCUAUUACUGGGAGGUGCAGUUUUCUUCAUCGAAGAAAGACGGUAAGUUCUUGGUCGAAGCUAAAGUAGAUGAAGGAACUGUUUCCGCCACUGCAUCGGCUACCCACGUCAGCGGCAAAGUCGCCAGAAAGAUGGCUGCAAGACAAAUUUAUGAAUGCUUGAAGGCUCAAGGUUACAAAUCCAAAUCAAAAUCACUGGAAGAAGUGCUUAGAAAAAGUGUAAAGAAGGAAGCAAUGUUAAUUGGAUACGAUGAGACUCCCUCUUACGAAAUUGCUAAGGUCAAAAUUCCGGAAAAUUCUCAGAGUGAUUUUGAACCGAGAGUUUAUCCUCUUAACGAGACCUCCAUUAGACCUAUUAAAGAUCUUCCUUUCCGACAGAGUUCUUCAGAAUCACAUGUUGCAGAGAAACCCAUUAACAGUAAUGGCCGCAAAAUUAGUUCAACUGCUGGUCAUCUAAAUAACGGGAACGAGGUUGAUCAACAGGGAAUAGCAGGUUCUCAAUCAAAUGUAUCGGCAAAAUCAUGUUUAUAUGAACUAUGCGCUGCUAACUGCUGGAAACCACCUGUUUUCGAAUGCUUCAAAGAGACAGGACCAGAACACAUAAAGGAAUUUGUUUUCAGGGUGGUGAUGGAAAUCGAAGAAAUGCCAAAUGAGACCUUUGAGUUCUACGGAGAGCCUCGAGCAAGAAAGAAGGAUGCGGCUGAGCAUGCAGCCGAAGGGGCGCUUUGGUACCUCAAACACGAAGGGUAUAUAUGGGAUAAAAAGCGAAAUAAUUAAUCAUGUUGUUGGUUGGGUCUAACUAUUUUGAUUAAGCAUGAAUAUAUAUAUAAUGUGUGAAGGUAUAGGUAUAUAUUAGGAUCAAAAUACUGGCUGCCCAAACAAAGGACCUGUUGUAAAAUAUGUAUGGUUGUAGUAGAAUAUACUUUUGAGUUAUGUGAAGUUCACCAAGUCUAACAUUAAACCAUUUUGAGUAUAAAUUAUUAUGAACAACUAAUUUUGGAAAUA